AUGGUAAAACAACGCAAAGUCAGCACAUCAAAAAUGUUCGAUGUUAAAACAGACUCAGGAUUGAAUGAUUUCAAUAAAUUUCUAGCUGACAACGCGUUCGCUAACGGGUUCAUCUUAUCAGGUGAAGAUGCGUGCCUAUUCGCUGGUAUCGGUCAAACAGCACCAGAUGCCAAGAAACAUCCAAAUAUUGCUCGGUGGUACAAAAAUAUUGCUAGCUAUAGUGAGGACGAAAGAAAAGCUUGGCCGACGCCUAGUGCAAGUGCGUCAGAGGCAAAGAAAGAAGAUGCUGAGGAAGAGAUCGAUUUGUUUGGGUCGGAUGAUGAGGAAGAAGACGAAGAGAAAGCAAAGAUCGUCGCCGAACGUCUGAAGGCGUACCAGGAGAAAAAAGCCAAGAAACCGGCUGGUAUUGCGAAGUCGAAUGUUAUCUUCGACAUAAAACCAUGGGAUGAUACGGUGCAGAUUGCAGAAAUCGAAAAGAAUGUUCGAAGCAUUGAAUCUGAUGGUCUUAUUUGGGGUAAUGCGAAAGUAUUACCAGUGGCGUUCGGUAUCAUGAAACUCCAGAUCGGUUGUGUAAUCGAGGACGAGAAAGUAUCAUCGGAUUGGCUAGAAGAGCAAAUAACUGGGUUUGAAGAUUUAGUACAAUCAGUUGAUAUUGUCGCGUUUAAUAAAGUUUAA